AAUGGUCAGCUGAUACUGGCAGACUGUCAGAAAUAACUUGAACCGCCCUGAUGGAGGUUCUCUGCAAAAUAUUAGCAGUGUGCUCGCUGCUCGUCAGCGCUCAGGCGUUUGUGGCUGUGGAGCCAGCCAGCUCCAGUGAGCUGUCUUGGAAGUCCAUGUUCUUCGAUGCCCUCGUCGGCAACUCCAAUGAGUUGCAGGCUGCAGGAGCCCUGAGCAGCCUCGAGGAAUGCACGGCCAUCUACACGGUGGAGAACAUCGAGAUCCUCCUAACUGCGAGCUACAAGAUCCGCCGAUGCAUCAGAGUCGAUGAGAAGGACAUCCGUCGCUAUCUAAAGCAAGACGAUGCCACCCAUACAAGGAAGUCAUUCGAGCGGGAGCUGCUCUCCUGCUCGCGCCGUGACUGCUAUGUGGACUCGAUCCUGAACCUGUUCAGCUCCGUCCGCCUCAGCCGCCACGACUACAGGCGCAGCCGGCACUGUAUCCUUAAGGAGGUAGAACAAGCUCUUAUCCAGCUGGACAGGGCGUCCAUCGUCCUGGCUAACUGCCUCGCAGAACAGCAGCCCUCUCAGAAUUCCACUCUGCCCCCACCCAUCUGGAAUACAACUCACACCACUCCCAACUGGAACUGGAACAAUACUACUUCCGGUCCAAGUGGGAACACUACCGAAUGGCCCUGGUGGAGUAAUACGACAGCUGGACCAAAUGUGAAUACAACCCAAGGUCCUUGGUGGGGUAACACGACUUCCGGUCCAAGUGGGAAUACUACUGAAUGGCCCUGGUGGAGCAAUACGACCGCUGGACCAAAUGUGAAUACAACCCAAGGUCCUUGGUGGGGUAACACCACUUCCGGUCCAAGUGGGAAUACUACUGAAUGGCCCUGGUGGAGCAAUACGACCGCUGGACCAAAUGUAAAUACAACCCAAGGUCCUUGGUGGGGUAACACCACUUCCGGUCCAAGUGGGAACACUACUGAAUGGCCCUGGUGGAGCAAUACGACCGCUGGACCAAAUGUGAAUACAACCCAAGGUCCUUGGUGGGGUAACACCACUUCCGGUCCAAGUGGGAACACUACUGAAUGGCCCUGGUGGAGCAAUACGACCGCUGGACCAAAUGUGAAUACAACCCAAGGUCCUUGGUGGGGUAACACCACUUCCGGUCCAAGUGGGAAUACUACUGAAUGGCCCUGGUGGAGCAAUACGACCGCUGGACCAAAUGUAAAUACAACCCAAGGUCCUUGGUGGGGUAACACCACUUCCGGUCCAAGUGGGAACACUACUGAAUGGCCCUGGUGGAGCAAUACGACCGCUGGACCAAAUGUGAAUACAACCCAAGGUCCUUGGUGGGGUAACACCACUUCCGGUCCAAGUGGGAACACUACUGAAUGGCCCUGGUGGAGCAAUACGACCGCUGGACCAAAUGUGAAUACAACCCAAGGUCCUUGGUGGGGUAACACCACUUCCGGUCCAAGUGGGAAUACUACUGAAUGGCCCUGGUGGAGCAAUACGACCGCUGGACCAAAUGUGAAUACAACCCAAGGUCCUUGGUGGGGUAACACCACUUCCGGUCCAAGUGGGAACACUACUGAAUGGCCCUGGUGGAGCAAUACGACCGCUGGACCAAAUGUGAAUACAACCCAAGGUCCUUGGUGGGGUAACACCACUUCCGGUCCAAGUGGGAACACUACUGAAUGGCCCUGGUGGAGCAAUACGACCGCUGGACCAAAUGUGAAUACAACCCAAGGUCCUUGGUGGGGUAACACCACUUCCGGUCCAAGUGGGAACACUACUGAAUGGCCCUGGUGGAGCAAUACGACCGCUGGACCAAAUGUGAAUACAACCCAAGGUCCUUGGUGGGGUAACACCACUUCCGGUCCAAGUGGGAACACUACUGAAUGGCCCUGGUGGAGCAAUACGACCGCUGGACCAAAUGUGAAUACAACCCAAGGUCCUUGGUGGGGUAACACCACUUCCGGUCCAAGUGGGAACACUACUGAAUGGCCCUGGUGGAGCAAUACGACCGCUGGACCAAAUGUGAAUACAACCCAAGGUCCUUGGUGGGGUAACACCACUUCCGGUCCAAGUGGGAACACUACUGAAUGGCCCUGGUGGAGCAAUACGACUACUGGACCAAUUGUGAAUACAACCCAAGGACCUUGGUGGGGUAAUACAACCGCUGGCGGACCAAACUGGAAUACAACGCAAUGGCCUAACACCAAUACCACGCCAAACUGGACCCUGUCUACACCUCAACCCAACUUGAACACCACCCAAGGUCCCUGGGGCAAUAGUACGACUAUUGGACCGAACUUGAACACCACCAUCCUUGAGCCACAGUGGAACUCAACCGACAGACCGCAGUGGAACAGAACAACCACCGACAGACCGCAGUGGAACAGAACAACCACCUAUAGACCGCAGUUGAAUGAAACCACAACCGAGGCGCCCGCCACCACAGAAGGAAACUGGUGGGAUCAACUCUUUCACGACAUUGGAUCCCUCUUCUAGGCGGCCCCAUAGGGCGUCGUCCCAAAGUCCUGUUUGGUGACAGCAUAUAGUUAUAGCAAAUUAAUCAAAGCAAACAAAAUAAAUAUUUGUCAGCAUGUA